GUCUGACGCAAGCAGGUGGUCAGAUCCUGGGCACACUGGUCAGCGGCUGGCUAGCCAACAGAGUCAGCACCAAAAUGGGAUACAACAACAUCGUGAUGGGCACCCACCUUCUCUCCAUGGUCAUCACUCCCCUCUACAUCAUCUUUGGCUGCAGCAACCAGCCCAUUUACGGACACGAGGGAAGGAACGGGAUACAGCUGAACAUGACAGACACCUGCGAGUGCAGAGGAACCAAAAACCUCAUCUCGUGUGGAGAUGACGGCCUCAAUUAUCUAUCUCCCUGUUAUGCUGGCUGCCAGAGUGUCACGGACAACGUGUUCACACAGUGUAGUGGGCUGACUGAGUUCAAUAACAUGAACCUCACAUCGGGACUUUGUGCCACCGAUUGCCACGGAAACUUUAUUCUCUACGUGGCGCUACACGCGGUGCAAAACACGUUGAUGUCUAUGUCAACUAUUCCCAUGAGGCUCUUGAUUUUAAG